UUUCCGAAUAAGUAAAGUUAAGAAAAAGUUUGUUGUAAAUCCGAAGAGAUUUUGACUAAAAUGUCCAAGUUUGUAAAUGUGGCGAAGUACGCAAAAGUGGCGAAUGCGAGCACCGAAUAUGGUCGUCGCAUGAGGCAUUUGUCGAAUCGCAUUUUCGGUGAAGUGACCCGACCCACAACCAGCCAAUCAAUGAAAGUCGUGCAAAUGUUCAAAGAAGAGCCGCUUUAUCUCCGAGACGAAGUCAUCAACUAUUAUCCACGGCACAUUGAAAUGGGACAACUCAUGGUAAAUCUACGUGAAUAUGGUCUGUUCCGUGACGAACAUGCCGAUUUCAGAGAAGAAAUGAAACGUUUGCGAGCACUUCGUGGUAAAGGUCCACCGCCGCGUAAAACGAAGGAAGAAGGCAAACGUUGGAAGAAAAAGCAGGAAAAAUUGAAAGAAGCAGCGGCCGCUGCUGAAGCUGCUGCCAACUGAAAAUCAUUUUAUCAUACACUUGAUUCAUAUUAAACCAAGACGUUAAAUAAAUGGAUAGAUCUUGUUGUAAAUAAAUACAUUGAAAUGAUUGAA